AUGCGUUUCUCCUCCCAGGCUGACCAGACUGGGUCACCAAAACUGGCACCUACGGUGGGCGUAUCCGGACACCGUCAGGUCGAGCGAACAGGGUCUACCACCGCUUUCCGUCUCGGGAGCCCGGGUAGUAACAGCUACGAGACAAGCGAUCAAAUCAAGCUCCCCAAGGGGGGAAGAGAGAAUGGGCCGCCCACGGCAGCAGUCGUCGCCCCGGUGGCGCAGGGCAGAGCAGAGGAAGUGACACACGAAAGAGUACGGGUCAAGCCCCGCAAGAGGAAACGGCCAAGUGAGCCGCCGAGCGGUACAGCGGAAGUAAGCAAGGCGGACAGGGCGCCUGUGGUGAGCAGUAUAUGCAUUGCAAUCCCGUUCACGGGGGAACAAUGCGAUAUAUGUGGAGCAAUGGUAACGUCCACUAGUGGACUGGUUGACCAUAUAACAUCCAAGCAUAGCAUGAUCCGGCUGGCCUUCAAGUGCUCCAAGUGCGGGAAGGAGAACGCAAAAAGGCACUCCAUCGCCUGUCAUCUACCGAAGUGUAAAGGGGGGCAAGUCGCAGCAGAGGCGAGGCCCAAGGCCUUCUGCUGCGAGGCCUGCCCCGGGAGCUUUGGGACCGCAAGCGGACUGUCCCAGCACAUGAGACACAGGCAUAUAGCUAGGUGCAAUGAAGAAAGGAUCCAGCAAGAGGGAAAAAUGGAGAACAGAAAGAAAGGGCUGAAAAAAUGGUCCCCAGACGAGACGAGAGCAAUGGAAAAGCUCAACCACAUCUAUAGGAACACGAGAAGCCCUGAAAGACACAUCGCAGAAGGGCUAGGGACGAACACCUCCGUGGAGCAAGUCGAGCGGAAAAGACGGAAACUGGCGCUCGAUAAGGCUCCCCCAGGCUACAGGGGCCCCAGCUGGGACUCCAUAGUACACGAUCUAACGGUAGCGGCCGAGGGGCCCCCUGCGGUGACAGGUGUGGAGAAGGCACUGAGAGAGCACAUGUGGGGAGCGGGCGAGGUGGGACCAGUGAGCAACGAGGGAGUAGGGGCGACUCCACAGGGACCACGGGAAGAGCUGACAGAGGGAAGGGAAGCGGCGGCCGCCGAGCUGGUAGCACUGCUGGGGAGGGCCAUAGGGAAGCCAGUACGCCCAAAAACAGCUAAAACUCCACCCAAGGCACGGCGGCGAUGGAUGGAAAGGAGGAGAGCCAAAAGUGAGAAGUUCAAGCAGCACCAGAGGCUGUUUGAAGGGGACAGGGGGAAGCUUGGGAAGCUGAUCCUGGACGGCGCAGACAACCGCGAAUGCCAUAUCACGAUUGAAGCCCUGACAGAGGCAUAUACGGCCCAAUGGGGAAAGGCCGGAAAAUUCGGCGGGUUGGGUCAAUUCCGGUCAUCGGGCGGGGCAGACAAUAGCCACUUCUGCACCCCGAUCACAGCCAGCGAGGCGUUGGCCAACCUCAAAGCCAUUACGAAAGACUCAGCAGCAGGCCCAGAUGGUAUCAAUAGGAAAGGGCUGCUCGAAUGGGACUCGGAAGGAGAGAAGCUGGCGGGCAUGUUCGCGGUCUGGCAACUAGCGGGCAGAAUACCGAAGAUCUUUAAGCAGGGACGUACGACACUGAUCCCCAAGUCAAUGGAGGAAGAGGAGCUCAAAGAAAUCGGUGGGUGGAGACCGAUCACAAUUGGAUCAAUGGUCCUAAGACUGUUCUCUAAGAUAUUAACGGGCAGGCUGGAGAAGGCCUGCCCGAUCAACCCCAGACAGAGAGGCUUCAUUGCUGCCCCGGGAUGCGCGGAAAACGGCGAGGGAUACAUGUUCGACGGGAAGAAGGUCACCACCCUAGCAUUCGCAGACGACCUGGUGCUGAUGAGUGACUCAUGGGCGGGCAUGCAGCACAACAUCAAUAUAGUAGAAACGUUCUGCAAGCUAGCAGAUCUGCACGUGCAACCGAAAAAGUGCCACGGAUUCAUGGUGAGACGAGGCGGUACGGCAUUCACCAUUAACAACUGCCAGCAAUGGGCAAUCGGGGGCGAAAAACUACACCUAAUCGACCCCGACAAAACUGAAAAAUACCUAGGUAUGAAGAUCAACCCAUGGCUAGGAGUUGUAAAGCCGGACCUAGGGGGGCAAGUGGCCGAGUGGGUCAGCAAGAUCGACCACGCGGCCCUAAAACCCAGUCAGAAGGUGACCAUGCUCAACUCAUAUGCCAUACCCCGGGUGAUAUACACGGUGAACCACGGGGACAUCGGGAAGGUUGAGCUUGCCUCCCUGGACAUGCUGAUAAAGACAGCAGUGAAGAGUUGGCUGCGCCUGCCACCAUCCGCGUGCGACGGCCUGCUAUACGCCCGGAACAAAGACAGCGGACUGGGCCUAGUAAAACUAGAGAGCGUGAUACCAGCAAUGCAGGCGCGGAGGAUAUUCAGCCUGGCAAUAUCAUCAGACCCACUGACCAGGGCGGUGGCAGCGUAUAUAAUGCCACAAGAGGAAUACGAGAAACGAUGGGUGCGAGCAGGGGGUGAAAGAGAGCAAACCCCGAAGCUGGGGGGCAGGCAGGAAGCCACACCAGCCGAGGAAGAGAGCCCGAGCAUAGCAGAGCCAGAGGGCACUCAAACAAUUGCGACACCAACAUGGAAAAACCCCGCUAACUGGAGGCUCCGGGAAUUCGACGGCUGGGCAUCCCUACCAGUACAAGGGGAAGGAAUAGGCUCAUUCCACCAAGACACGAUCAGCAACAGCUGGCUUGCAGACCCAUCGACCGCAGGAUUCAGAGAGAGACACUACAUGGCGGCCCUACAGCUGAGGGCGAACGUUUACCCAACAAAGGAAGCUCUGGCCCGAGGGCGCAACAAAGAAAAAGCAUCAUGCAGAAGAUGCGACCACAAGCUGGAAACGGUAUCCCACAUUCUAGGCCAGUGCCCAGGAGUAAAAGCAGCAAGACUGAGGAGACACGACCUCAUCUGCGAGCUCCUAGCAGAGGAAGCCGAGAAAAGGGGAUGGACAGUGACCAAAGAACUAAGAGUGAUAACAGCAGAGGGGGGACUGAGAGUCCCCGACCUGCUAUUCGUGAGAGGUAGACUGGGCAUAGUCGCGGGCGUUACAGUGAGAUACGAGAGAAACGAGGAUACCCUCGAGAAGGGCAGAGCGGAAAAGGUGGAAAAGUACCUCCCCAUUGCCCCGAUUAUUGCAAAACAGUUUAGUCUCAGCAGGGUAUUGGUCUAUGGCUUCCCGAUGGGAGGCCGCGGGAAGUGGCCCACCUCAAACUUCGAACUGCUGAGGGCACUGGGCCUAUCCAAGUCGCGAAGUGCGAGAUUCGCGGCUGUGAUCAGUAGACGAACCCUGCUGUACUCACUGGACAUCCUAAGGGCCUUUGGCCUCGAAUGCAAGGUCGGGCAGCCGGCUGAGACCGGUAGGGAGGACAAGGGCGAAGACAUGGAGAAUUGA